GCCUUUGUUUCGAACGACAUCUUUUCCAAAACGGAGUGAAGCGCGUUGUUGGUAACACGUGAACACACACACACACACACUAAUACACCUACUUAAUUCUUGCGUGUUGUUUUCCUUGUGACUGUGUAAGUUUAAGUUCGCCAAGGCAAAAAAAAAGAAACAUGAGUCUCAUCGACAACUGUUCCAUACAUGGUAUUAAAGACUCGUGAAGAAAUAACACUCGCCGAUGGCAAAAAGGCACUGCCAAAAAAAACGACAAACAAUUGCAGAGUGGAAUGAAGACAUUGCAUGUGAAUAAUUAACCUAAGUUCAUCGCGCUUGUUUAAUUAACUUGGAAGCCAGCACACAGAUACCAGUAUCAAAGGAUUUGCACAGCAGGACCCGGAGACAGAAAAAACGAUGUCCGUCGCAUAGCUGGUUUUACCAAUGGAUGUAGCAACAUGGACGCAGUCACAGACACAUACACGCACCAACCUCCAUUUGCUAUGUGCGUUUGUGUAAAAUAAUGAUUUACUGGAGCAUAAGAGUCAUGUCGAAGUGUUACGUCAAUCACUCGUUCCUCCACUGCGCCCUCUUUGAAAACGAUACUCGUUGCUAUCGUCAGCUCUGUCGGACCCCUCCACAAAAUGAAAUCAAAGCAUAAGAGUUGUGUAACUGCCGCUGCCGUUGCUGCUGGAGCUGGGGAAAAAAUGAAAUCCGUGAUUCUGUAUCCUUAUGGUCCGUUGACAGCCACCGGAUGCUGUCGCAUGUUGCACGCCAAAAAUUUGGCCAUAGCAAGCGCCAUCUAUACAAUAAAUAUAUCACUGUUGAUUGUCCUGAUAUACUCAUGGCGUAUAAACAUCAACAUAAACAAGUCCGGCGACUUGGAGGAUGUCUACUAUGGAGUCCAAAUUGCCUAUUUCGCCAUAAUUGGAACCCAAAUGUCAAUGAUUAUUCUGAGCGUGAUGCUGCUUUAUGGAAUCCUUAAGGAAAACCCUGGUCUAAUUGUUCCGUGGAUCAUUGGUUACAUAACAUUUAUGGCACUGGAAGCAGUCGCAAUGGUGUAUUCGAACGUGUUGCGGGAUCAUGUCAACAAGCAAUUCGAUGCGAUGUGCAAAGCGGAAGUGGCAUUUUUUAUAGCUCGCGCUUUCAUAAACGUUCUGUCCAUGUGGGGCGUGCUAAGAUUUUAUAACCUUGUUCGUUGUGGAAUUACGUGGAAAGGUCCGGAGGCCAAGACCGCUUUAACGGCGUCGCCAGUUAUGGACCGCUCAAAGAGGACACCGUGCGAAUGUCAGCAACAUCAACAACAAUGCCAAAAUCAUCAUUACCACCACUACUACAGGAGACCACGUAGCAACAGUGUCGUCCACAAAGCUUCGGGUGGAGGCUUCGGAUGUUGUGCCUUCUUCGAUCUCGAUUAUGACUAUGACAAUGAUGAGGACGAUGAUUUGUACGACUAUGAAGACGGCGAUGAUUUUGACUGCGACGAGGACGAGGAUGGAAACUACUACGACGAGGAAGGUGAGAGCAGUGAUUGUUCCAUGCUGGGUGCCUCGCCCAAUCACAAGCGGGUCGAGCACAAAUACCGACAGCGUAACAAUAACAUUCGGUCGGUAUUGGUUAGUAAACGCCACAACAAAUACAAAAUUACCCAUCCCGAAACGCGCCUUGAAGUCAUAAAUGAGUCGGAGCGUAGUGCCGGCAGCGGCAGUGACGAGAACGAUUCGCUACUCGUGGCCUAUGACAGCACUCCGUCGUUGGCGUCCGUUUGACAUUGGCCAGGUUGCAUUGGAGAUGCAGGAAACAACUGGUUUACAGCCGCAACAGGACAUGCGGACGAACGGAAACAUCUCAGUGGUGCAAAUCAAUGUCAGCGCCGACGUCCAUACCGACGCCUGUACAGCUGUGUAAAUGUGUUGCUAAUGGUCCUACUUGUAUCCGUGGAAAUCUAUGCCCAACUUGUGAUUUUCCUUUAAAAGCCCACUGUUCGUAACUGGUAACAUGGGUGCUCAGUAUAUUUGAAGUUAUUUGGUUGGGGGAUCGUUUAAGAAAACAACAACACAGAUGCGAUUUUAUACACCGGACAACCGGACACACAUACACUUACACUUAUAUUGCGACAACCUUGAGAUGUGAAAUGGUUUGUCCGAGCGGCAGGCAAUUUGUUCCAGAUGACAGUGGGGCGAAAAGGAUGACCCCCGCCACAAAAAAAGAAAAGCGCCGAUAAAAAAAACAGCAGCCAUACAAUCGCUCUUAUCAACAGUAAUUAAUUAAGAUUAUGUUUGUAUGUAUGUGUAUAGUGUAUACUUUUAGUACCUGUUGCAAUGCCAAUUGGAGGUGUGAGAGUGUGUGAGUGUAAAAUGUAAUGUAUGUGUGUUCCAUCCACACCGGAAUAUGUUAGCAUAUUAUUAUUACCACACAAAUACCGAUAAAUUAUAAUCUAACAUUACGCAGCGUGGGUCCGCAUCGUUUACACUGGCCUUAUUUGUAAUAAAUGAUUACAAUUUUUCACUAUUUGAAACCUCGAGCGAUUUGAGUGUGCGGGAGGUCGUUUUAAGGCCAAAGGCAAACGGACGGAACCAUUUCAAAUGUGGGAUAGGUUAAACAAAUAUUUGCGAGACCAUUGAAAAUAUAACGUUCCUUUGCGGCUUUUAUCGCCGUGAUUGGGUGCAAAGGUAUGAGUCCAUGGCGAUUUCCAUUGAUCUGAUAACAAAACAAAAUAUAUGUGAGGAUGGAGGAAUGUAGUUUGUCUCUCAACGACAUCCUUGUAGUUGUAUAGAAUAACAUGGGUCAUUACAGGCCCCCAGGAAUUGCUAUGCUGUUUUUUUUUUUGAUCAUUCUCCAUAAAAACGAUUCAAAUUGAAUGACCUUCAAAUAUACGCGCGCACACACACACUCACACACCUGCAACAUGCAUCUUGCACUCAUAUCUAGAAAUAAGCUCAUUGUUAACAUCUACCCACGUAUGAAUGCAUCCGUAGCCAUAUCUUUGGAACAACUAAAAACAGGUGGAAAACAAACGAUUUUCUUUGAACCUUGCCAUAUCUUAUGUAGGACUUGGUAGUCCAAUGUUAUAUAUCAAGUACUCGUAAACGUAGAAUGCUGCGCUUCUUGCAGAAAUAUGUAAACAAAAAAGCAACAAAAAAAAAAAACAGCCAAAUGUUACAGUUCCUUCCGGCCGGAAGGUAGCCUACUAACAACACUUUGUUGGAUAUCAAUAAGCUAUUACGUAUGAAUAUCUUUGCAUAUAUUGUAUGUAUGUAUGUAUAUUUAUUUAUUUAUGUACGCCGCGUAUACGCAUACACAUAGCCAUCGUUCGUGCCUGCAUGUGUAUGUAUGCGUGUACGUUUGUGUUCGUAUAACUACUUUAAAUACAAAAUAAAAAUAAAAACCUAUUAUAAAACUCAAUAAAAUGUAGACAAAUUUAAGCUAAGUUUAUUAAAGCCCUUCUCACAUGAUUUGUAAACACAACAACAACAAUAACAACACAAAUGAACGUAAAUAUGUACACAAAUACAAAAUAAAGAGAUUGGGCAUAUAUUGAAUGCCAACAACAACAACAACAACUCAUCUGUCAAACAUCAA